CAUGUAAGCACCUUGAACGGAGUAUGGAUGACGUGUGCGAAAGUGGGUGUGCCCAUUGUUGACUAGCUAUUCGACGAAUAAGUUCUUUUUACUCCUACUUUACUGAAACAGUGUAUUGUUAACUUUUUUAGAUUAUAUUUAUUUUCUAGACAAUUUUUUGAAUAAGAAAAAAUGUCGCAACAACAGUACUAUCCCUAUAAAUGCACUCCUACGGUAUAUCCUGCAGAUCCUUUUGAUGCCAAUGCAGAUGCUGCAUUGCUACGUAAAGCAAUGAAAGGUUUUGGCACUGAUGAGAGAACGAUUAUUGAUGUGCUUACAAAGAGAGGAAUUGUUCAACGUUUAGAAAUUGCUGAAGCAUACAAAACAUUAUAUGGAAAAGAUUUGGUUAGUGACCUGAAAAGUGAACUUACAGGAAAAUUAGAAGAUGUUAUAAUUGCCCUUAUGACACCACUGCCUCAUUAUUAUGCUAAAGAAUUACAUGAUGCUAUAUGUGGGUUGGGAACUGAUGAGGAAGCAAUUGUAGAAAUUUUGUGCACAUUGAGCAAUUAUGGUAUACGUACAAUUGCAGCAUUCUAUGAAAAUUUAUAUGGAAAAACUCUUGAGAGUGAACUGAAGGGAGAUACAUCAGGACAUUUUAAAAGAUUGUUGGUUUCUCUGGUCCAAGCAAAUAGGGAUGAAAACCAAGGAGUAGACCAAGCUCAAGGUGUAGCAGAUGCUCAGGCACUUUAUGAGGCUGGUGAGAAGCAGUGGGGUACAGAUGAAUCUCAAUUUAAUGCUAUUUUAGUAACGCGUAGUUAUCAACAAUUAAGACAAACGUUUAUUGAAUAUGAAAAAAUAUCUGGACAUGACAUUGAAGUUGCUAUUAAAAAAGAAUUUUCAGGAAGUCUUGAGAAGGGUCUUCUUGGAAUAGUGAAAUGCGUGAAAUCAAAAGUUGGUUUCUUUGCUGAACGAUUAUAUGCUAGUAUGCAUGGAAUUGGUACAAAAGAUCGAACAUUAAUUCGCAUUAUCGUUUCUCGAAGUGAAAUCGAUUUAGGUGAUAUCAAAAAGGCGUUUGAAGAACGAUAUGGAAAAUCACUGGAAAGUUGGAUUGUCGGUGACACAUCUGGCGACUAUAAGAAAGCUUUGCUCUCUCUUGUUUCUACUUAAGUGAAACGGAUUGUUUCACAAUAUAUAUUAAAAAUUUAACAAUCAUUACUAUGGAAUUACAUGACAGGUGUCUCUUUAAUAAUAUAAGAUAACACAGUUGCCUGAAGC